UCUAGCGAGCGACUGAGUCUCCCUCUUCUUCGGGUCCCCUACAUGUUUUCAACCCGUCAUGUGGUGUAGAUCCAGUUCUAUGUCACCUUCUCUCGGUUGAAAACCAAGAUACGCUUGGGGCUCUUCGCUGGCAGUAUUUAAGAAUCAGUCAUGACACUCGAGGAUAAAUCAUACCCUCCAUGGGAAGAAGGGACCUGUGGGCGAGGAACCGUUUCCGGAUCGCUGGGCACGUCAAACUCGGCAUUCGCAGUUCGCGCUAGGUUUGCACAAGACUCGAUCAACUUGAUGACUAGUACGGCGAUCGUCUUCGGUUGUAUCGCACAGGCACUGCGCUCAAGACCCUCAUAUAGGCACACGACAAGCACUUCCCUAGUGUUCUUCCUCAAUUUUGAACAGAGCGACGGCCCCUACAACACACUUCCUGGGAUCCAGCGUCUUCAGCACCAGCUCGACUCGCACUACGGUCAAUGCAUCAACGGACUCUAUUGCAGCAACAUCAUGACCGUUGUCUGGACAGACUCAUGUCGAGCGCAGCCCACAAAGUCCCGCUGGCGCUCCGUCUCAGAGCCGAAACAGCUGGACCACUUCGUGACAUCGCCAUGCUCCUAGUGAUGUAGCCUCUCUCACACCGUAAUGUCCUCUUCUCGUCCGAGAGCCUCGUGAGAGGUGGCGUGCUCAAGCUCGCUAGUCCUGUUGUGAUGGAAAGGGCCUCAAAACCUUCGGAUCCCAGAGAGAAAUGUCAAUAGCGUCAAUUGACUGUCUGGGGUACCUCUCUCCGGAGCCUGAGUCAAUGACACCUAUACUGGCGGCGCCGUCCCUCUUGCCGACUCGGGAAACCGAACGUCGCUGAGCAGAAUCGUGCUCGGGAUGAAAGCUCAAACCGCUUU